ACGACAUGUAUUUCCGGUGACGUAGCGGAAGUAGGAAGUCUUCUUGAGGGCGCCGGCAUCUAGAAGGUAUUGGAGAUCGCCAUGGAUGUAUUGAGGCCAGUUCUCAUUAACAUCAACGGGAGGAUAUACCGAAAAAAUCCUGUUAAAGAAGAACAUUAUGAAUAUGAAGAGGAGGAAGCUUUCUCCUACUCGGGACCAGUCAGUGACCAGUGCAUGGAUGAACCUUGUGACACGAGUAACAUUGAGCAAACAGACAAGGGCUUUCGCUGUGCCGUAGACGUCCCGAGUGUUCUUUACAAGUACAUCAUUGGAAAGAAAGGCGAGACACGGAGACGACUGGAAGCAGAGACUAAAACUACAAUCAGCAUUCCCAAACAAGGAGUAGAGGGACUGAUAGUGAUCACAGGCUCUCAUAAGGCAGCAGUCGCAUCAGCAGUAACACGUGUGGAGGUUUUGAUCGAGAGCUUCCGUCGGAAACAGCCGUUCACUCACUUCCUGUCCUUCGCUCUGAACCACCCACAGAUCCAGGAAGGGUUUAAACGCUUUAAAGAGGAGGUUCUGGAUCACUGCUCUCAGGUGGGCAGUAGGCUUCGCGCUUCAAAGUUGUGUUUAACAGUGUUACAAAAUCCACAGGAUAUGGGAGUGGAUGCGAGCAUCUUUCAAAAUCAAGCAAAGCUGCACCUCACCAUAGGAACCCUUGCCCUCUUAAAUGAACAGGAAGUGAUGCGAGCAUCUGAGCUUCUCGCACAGUGUCAAGGUUUUAUCAGGGACAUAACAGAAGGAAAGCCUUUAGCUCUGGAGGUAAAAGGAAUAGAGUACAUGAAUGACGAUCCCUCCAUGGUGGACGUCCUGUAUGCUAAAGUGUGUGUUCAGGAUGAGUCUGACAAACUGCAGCAAAUAGCCAACAGGCUGGUGGAGUGUUUUGUAGCAGCAGGACUGAUGAACAAAGAGUGGGACAGAGUAAAGCUUCACGCUACUAUCAUGAACACAUUGUUCAGGAAUGAUCCCUCAGCGGAGGAUAAAGGAGGUGCAGGAAGGCCCGGUAUGAAAGAGCGAGAAGCUUUUGAUGCCAGGAGCAUUUUGGAGAGAUUUAAGGAGUUUUAUUUUGGUAAAUGUCAGUUGGACUCGGUGCAGCUCUCUCAGAGAUUCUCCUCCGACUCUACAGGAUACUACUCAUCUUCUGGAAGAGUCAGCUUCAUAUGAUCUGUCUCUUCUGUACACACACGCGCGCACGCACACACACUUAGACUUAUUGAAUCAAACAGACUCACAGUGAGUAUUCUUUAUUAUGGAGUGUGUAUAUGUCCCACUAUUGUGGGUAAUUUUACAUUCUCAGAAAUAUUACACAUAUAUAAUUUUUUUAACCUGGCCCCUAUUUUCCCAUCUCUUUGGAUCCAAAUAUUUACUAGGGACAAAAACGAUUGAAAUCCAGAUGAGUAUUGAGUUAGAACACUAUAACGAUGUAAUUCUUCCAAGGCAAUCAUCUGUAUCAAAGUAAACCACUUGUUUUCGCCAAUGACGGGCUCAUAAUGUUAUUCUAAGUGUCUGACAGUAGCACCCCAUUAAGUGCCUCUAGUGGAUUAUCAUACCGGGGCUGUUUUCUGAUGUUUACAAAAGUAGAAGUCACACAGCAUUUGCGAAGUCUUAUUUCCAAAGUAAUGCCUGAAUAUUUAGCUGAUUAUGAUAAUAUGAAUGAGUGAGUGUCUGAGAACAUGGAGAGGAUCCUUUUGGUAAAUGUUAGAAAACAUCCCUGUGUGAUAAUCGACUACAGGAGCUGAACGCGGUGCUGCGUCAGAGACCAGAAGGAGAGAAAGGUAAAUCAAUUAGUGAAGAAACAGUCAUUUUUUACAGUUAUUGAGGUAAACAGAUACAGGUGCAUCUCUGUAGGGAUCCUUUCCAUGUUGUCAGACAUUUAUAAUAACAUUAUGAGCCUGUCGGUGGAGAAAACAAGUGGUUUACUUUUGAUGGAGAUGAAUUAGAUAGAAUUACAUUGCAUAGCCGUUUUGCGGUUGCUGGUUGUGGUGUUCUAUCUUACUACUGGACCGAUUUUAAUCAUUUUUGCCCCUAGUAAAUAUUUGGACCCAAAGAUGUGGGAAAAUAGGGCCCAGGUUAAAAAAUCCUUUAAGGGUUCUCAAUUUGGGGAAAUUCUUAAAGGUUCCAACUAGAAUCCUUUUUAGGUAAGAACCUUUAAUUAUCUAAAGAAACCCUGGAAGGUUUUUUUCCCCCCUCCUAAGAGUGUACAGUUUGGCUACUGAAAACGCUGUUACAGUAUCAGUGGUGCAUGUUGUUGGUGGUAAUAUAAUUUUAUUACAUUUGAAUAAGUUUCAUCAGUUUACAUUUUGUGAUUAUUUCCUUCGUGGUGUUAUUUAAAUAUACAAAUAAAUCACAAGUCACUUCCUAAUUGUUGACACUCUUCAUGAAAAUGUGCUCUAUACCUUUAUUGUAACACCGUAUUUUUCCCCAAACAGGAAACUCUCUCAAUUAAUGCAUUUUUCUGUCUGCAAAACACUGAUUUAAAAUUUAUCAGCACUCGUACACCAAUAUACAGUAUUCCCCACUGGAGAAAACAUCUGCACUGAUUCUCUUCCUAUAAUAUCUAACAAGGUUACAGGUUUCAGUCUGUCAUUCCACCUACAGAACUCUUGCUCACUCAGUGUUUUUUGUUUUUUGCACCAGUCUGUGUAAACACAAGAGACUGUUGUGUGUGUGAAAACCGCAGGAGAUUAGCAGUUUCUGAAAUAUUCAAGCCAGCAUAUCACUCACUAACAUCCAUGCCAUGACCAGAAUAACUGAGAUCACAUUCCCCCCCCGUGUAGUGGUUAGCGCUGUCGCCUCACAGCAAGAAGGUCCGGGUUCGAGCCCCGUGGCCGGCGAGGGCCUUUCUGUGUGGAGUUUGCAUGUUCUCCCCGUGUCCGCAUGGGUUUCCUCCGGGCGCUCCGGUUUCCCCCACAGUCCAAAGACAUGCAGGUUAGGUUAACUGGUGACUCUAAAUUGACCGUAGGUGUGAAUGUGAGUGUGAAUGGUUGUCUGUGUCUAUGUGUCAGCCCUGUGAUGACCUGGUGACUUGUCCAGGGUGUACCCUGCCUUUCGCCCGUAGUCAGCUGGGAUAGACUCCAGCUUGCCUGCGACCCUGUAGAACAGGAUAAAGCGGCUAGAGAUAAUGAGAUGAAUGAGACAUUUCCCCCCCAUUCUGAUAUUUGAUGUGAACAUUAACUGAAGUUCUUGACCUGUAUCUGCAUGAUUUUACACAUUGUGCUGCUGCCGCAUGAUUGACUGGUUGGAGAACGCCAUAAAAGUACAGCUGUACAGAUGUUCCUGUUAAAGUGGAUGGUGAGUGUAUUUGCAAUCCGGACUACAGCUUUGCCUUCCUCACCAUCCUCCUCACUGUGUAGGAAGCCACUAUGUGUCUGUUUCCUGGACAAUUUUCACCUCUUCUAGACCUAGAAGCCUUCACCCUUUGUUUGAGUGGAAUAUUUUAGUCUGAUAUCUGGCUGCACUUCUAAACGCCAGCAGGGGGCACCAUGGUGCUAAAAACUAAAGCAGCAUCCAUCCAUCCAUCCAUCCAUCCAUCCAUCCAUUAUCUGUAGCUGCUUAUCCUGUUCUCCAGGGUUGCAGGCAAGCUGGAGUCUACUAAAGCAGCAUUGCGCAGUAAAAGGAGUAUCUUAACUGUCAUUCUAUCUGAAAUAUCUGAUCAUUUUGACAUUACAAAAGUACUGUAUGUCAGAUGGAAGGGACACGUCCAGAAUUUCUCAGUCCAUAAACAUAGAGAGAAUCACAAGUAUAAAUUCUAUUUUAUAGGGUCUGCCCAGAAAUCUGGACUCGAAUAAUACCACUCUGUGGUUCCUGGAGUCUAGGGGGCCAAUUAUAGAAUGAUAAUCUAAAUUAGUGAACCCUUUUGAUGCCCUGGGAUUUGUUUAAUGAGGUAUUUUUGAUCAACCCGCUAUAAUGGUGGACUUUUUAUUGUCUGCAUUAAUCAGGCCUGUUUUUAUUACAGUUAAAGCACUGUUUAGUGUUUAACAUGAACAUUUGUCAUUUCUGGAUAGUCCAUCUGAGCUAAUAAACCCACCUGAACUAGAAAUGUUGAACUUUAUUCCCAUCUGUGUCUUUUACUGCAUUCUGUUACUCACCUAUAGUCUGUAUGAGUGUGAUUUCAAGCAGCGGUAGGACAUCUUUAUGCUGGUUAUAUUCUAAAAAUUUCUGUCCUUCCCUCUGACUUGCACAUGAUUGUGUUUAUUUCGUCUAUGAAAAGCAAAUGAAGAAUUAGUCUGGACUGGGAUAGUGAUGGUGACGUGGAAAGUAUGAUAGCUGUACUAAUCUGCAGUACGGAGUGUGAUUACAGUAAGCAUGUUUACUGUGUUCAUAUGAAUUUUGGCACAUUUUAUUUGUCUGCCUCCACCGUGGAUAUUCAUUUGCCAGACACUUACAGUCAAAGAGACACACAGUUUGAGACAGGAUCCAGUCCAAGCAGUUGAGGGUUAAGUGCCUUGCUCAAGAGGCCAACACUGGUCCUCUGGAAAUCCUGGGCUUUGAAUUGAUCCUCUUGGCCCGUUCUUCAUAUAUAACCGAGUUAGCUGGAUUGGAUUGUUGAUGAUUGAACCUAAUCUUGGAUUUUUCUGUUCUGUGUGGAAUCGUUGCCAAAACAAAAAGUCCCUAAGCACAAACCUGUUCAUGAGUAGGCUUGUUCAGGGUAAACAAGAUCAGAUCACAGAUUUAGAAGCAAUCUCUGUCAAGAAAGUUUGUCUCUCCUUUGAGAGAAAUAAUAAGAAGGGUGUUUGUAGCAAACUUUGAAAUCAACAAGACUCUUUGACAAAACCUGAUUUUAUAGUUUAGUUUGGUUGGAACUAUGUAACAUUGAGGCUACACAAAAUAAACCUCUUCAAUUACACAAUCUGUAAUUCUUUGUGCUGGUUUUGUAGAGGAGCUGUUUUAGGGCCCUGCACUAGUAAAUGGUGUGCAGUGCCAACUUCGCUGCACCAGUACAGCCCUCUCAAUAUAUUUCUGAGAAAGGGGCAAGUAAGAAAGAGUAGUAGGCAGAGGUUAAGCCAGGGAUCCCAGCAGUAAUUGAAAAAAAUAGAGGAAUGUAAGAAACUAUCAGCAUGGGUCAAGGGGGCUACAAGCCCUUUGCGGGGUGCAGGGGCAGCACAUCUGCUGGGGGUACAGGGGGCGAAGCCCCAUGAAGCUGUUGAGAUUUUAACAUUUAAAGAUGCUAUAGAACACAUUUUUUACAUAGAUUUAACAUAGAAAAGCAACAGAAUUUAACAAUAAUGUGUAUCUAUUUGACGCCAUAUUUUGUAAUCUAUGACAUAAGUGGCAAAAAAAAUUAUUUAUAAAAAUUAGACGAAAAUGUAGCUUUGAAGAAGAUACUUGCCUA